GGGUCCCGGUUAUUGUCCCGGCUCCGGCGGCGGCGGUCGGUGCUCCGGGAGCGGCGGCAGCGGCAGCAGCGGCGGCAGCGGCUCGGCGGGAGCGAGGGCGGGAGCAGCCAAGACCAUGGCUGGAGGCAAAGCUGGAAAGGACAGUGGGAAGGCCAAAGCUAAGGCAGUGUCUCGCUCACAGAGAGCUGGGCUACAGUUUCCCGUGGGCCGCAUCCACAGACAUUUGAAGACUCGUACCACAAGCCACGGAAGGGUCGGUGCCACUGCUGCAGUGUACAGUGCUGCAAUUCUGGAGUACCUCACUGCUGAGGUGCUGGAGCUGGCAGGUAAUGCUUCCAAGGAUCUUAAAGUAAAGCGGAUCACUCCGCGUCACUUGCAGCUUGCGAUCCGCGGUGAUGAAGAGUUGGAUUCUCUUAUCAAGGCUACCAUAGCUGGGGGUGGUGUGAUCCCUCACAUCCACAAGUCUCUAAUUGGAAAGAAGGGACAGCAGAAAACUGCUUAGAGAGUUGUUUUAACCAACCCUCUUCCUCCCCGUCAUUGUACUGUAACUGAGACAGAAGAAAUAAUGGGGAUAUGUGGAAUUUUUAAAACAGUUAAAUGGAAAAGCAUAGACAAUUACUGUAGACAUCAUAAAAGAAACAUUUGUACGUUCUUAGACUCGAAGUUUGAUAAAAGUACCUUUUCAUGUGGCAACAGCUGUGUGUUGAUUGGCUAGAUUUCUCCCAUGUGUUUUAUACAAAAAUGGAAUUGAUAAACCAUUUUUUACAAAAAUAA